UUACGUGUCAGAAAACUUGUACAGUUAUAAGCAGCGCAUUCAAGAAAAUUUCCCCGCUUCUGGUUCACUGAUUAUGUUGAAAUUCAGAUUAUUCGGAUUGUUAAUGGUCGUUACAUUCACAUCAGCUCAAGACGGUAUUGUAGGCAGAAGGGUGCCGAGUUUUAUCGGCACCAGAGGUAAAAAGAGUCAAAUAGAUUACGAAAAAGAAGUACCAGGCUUCGACUUCGAUGCAUCGUCGUCUUCGUCAUUAUCGUCGAGUAAGCUCAUAGAUAACGUGGACGAAUUACGAUACAAUCCCGAUAAAAGAACCAGACUCGGAUUUCAAGGCACCAGAGGCAAAAAAUUAUACUCGGAUUUUCCGUAUAAAAAAAAUGUCGGAUUUAUGGGCACUAGAGGGAAAAAAGACGAUAUGUACUCGUACCCGAAAAUGGACGACCUAGAAGCAUACUGGCUUUUAAGGAACGAACUAGCGAAAAGAAAAUUCUACGGAAUGAGAGGCAAAAAGUUACCUUAUUCGUUUAACGUGAUGGGAGUGAGGGGUAAAAAAGGUCCAUCGAAUACCGCAUUUAUUGGCAUGAGAGGUAAAAAAGACGACAGUACCGUUCAGCUCACCAAGGAAGAUUACAAUUCGGCCGAAAAUCUAGCCGCUCUGAUAUAUUUACUGACCACUGAUAAAGAUUACAUGCGACAUCAUUCGGGAGAGGAUUUCGAUUUUGAAAUAUCAGAUAUCGAUUCGCAAUUAUCGCAAGAUCAACAAUUACCAAGCAAUGAUGUGAAUAAUGUGUGACGUAUGCCACAUUGAACGACGACGAGAGUAAACGAAGAUCUUCAAUUAUUAUAUUGUUUAAUUUAUUGAUUAUUUUUAACCCUUUAAUGUAGGCGUAUAGGUUUAAACAAUAAAAUUUUAACUGGCAAUUUUUCAACGUUUAUCAUCAUGUUAUAUUUUUUUAUAAUUAUACGAUCAAAUAAUGUAACCUAAAAUUUUCCUACAUAGUACGUUUUUUUUUCUUUUAUCCUUUUACCAAGAAAAAAUACCAAUAAAACGAUUCUUAAAGUUGUUAAA